AUUACAUUCUGAGGAAAUUUUUUAAUAUGACGAGAUGGCUAUGGCCGGAAAUCUGAAUCCAAUUAUAUCUUCCUUCACCAUAAAGUCAAGAAAACCUUGGAAAAUGAAAAAAUAAAUAUAUGUGCAUGGAUAGGAGUAGAAGAUAAAAUUUUAAGAUAUUAGUGGUUAGUAGCAGCUGCCAAAUUAUUUUGUGUUUUGAAAUAGCUACUCGCUACGGUAGAUAAUAAUAAUACAGAAUAAUUGAUUCAAAAAAUCAGGAUUCGUGUGUCAACAGAUCGAUUUUCUGAAGAAUCGAUUUAAGUCAAACAUCCCUAAAGUGUCAGUGCCGUCCAUCAACUGUCAAUUAAAAAGUCAAUGGCUGCUAGUUGCUAGCUGGAAAUACCCGAAAUACUGCAAAUACCUAAGGCAAAUACAUAUAUUUACUUAAUUUUUACACUUACAAAGAGGUUUUAUUAAAUGUUUGUGCUUAACUUAGGCCAAUCCAUAUCUAUAUAAGUGUUUGUAAAUAUCGACUGGAACUGGAACACUACUGAUGUUUUUCUAUUGGAAAUGAUGGAUAACAUAGACGAAGUGAUAGAGUUAAAACCGUCCAAGGCUGCGCGGAAAGGUAUCUAUAAAUGUUCCAUUUGUGGCUACCAAACACCAAAAAUAGCACACUUUCAACGACACCAGAAUAUUCACUUGGCUCCAGAAGAACGACAGAUGUUUGCUUGUGCACACUGUGAUAAGAAAUAUACGGAAAAAUACAAAUUAAAAUUCCACCUUGACGCUAAUCAUAUUGAUUCCAGAUCGAAAGAAGCUGAGAAAAAAGUCUAUAAAUGCGCCAUAUGUGGCUAUCAAACGAUAGAGAAGUCCAAUUUUUACAGACACGAGAACAUUCACUUGGCUCCAGAAGAACGACAGAUGUUUGCUUGUGCACACUGUGAUAAGAAAUAUACGGAAAAACGAAGAUUAAAAUUCCACCUUGACGCUAAUCAUAUUAAUUCCAGAUCGAAAGAAGCUGAGAUAAAAGUCUAUAAAUGCGCCAUAUGUGGCUAUCAAACGCUAGAUAAGCCCCAUUUUUACAGACACGGGAAAAUUCACAUGGCACCGAAAGACCGACAGUUGUUUGCAUGUGCACACUGUGAUAAGAAAUAUAGAACGCAACAAGGCUUACAAUAUCACCUUGAGAAGAAACAUAUUGAUGCUAGAUCGAAAGAAGCUGAGGAAGAAGUCUUUCAUUGUACCACAUGUGACAUUCAUACGCCAAAUAAAUCAUAUUUUUGCAGUCACAAGAAAAUUCAUUUGCCACUGAGAGACCGACAGUUGUUUGCAUGUACACACUGUCAUAAGAAAUAUACAACAAAAUAUUUCUUACGACGCCACCUUCAGCAUAAUCAUAUUGAUUCCGGAAAUGCCGAUUGUACAUUUUCAACUGAUGAAGUGAUAUUAGAUGCUUUAAAAAUCGAAAUUGAUGAUCUCGCUUCGCCUUUGGAUGACUCUAAAAAUUCUGAAUGUUUAUCUGUGACUAAUGAAAUAAAAUCAGAAGAUUUUAUAAAAACAGAACCUGAAGAUGUCGCUCCGAUUAUGAAGACAGAGGUGCACGAUGACUUUAAAAAUAGCGAAAAUGAAUCUGCCACUCGAAAUGUGAAGCUAGAAGAUUUUAUAAAAAUGGAACCCGACGAUGACGUCUGACGUUUGUGGAUAAAGAUACGCAUUUGUAGAAAAAGAAAAGAUUUUAUAAAAACAGAACCCGAAUAUGUCGCUCCGAUUAUGAAGACAGAGGUGCACGACGACUUUAAAUAUGUUUUUUAAAUGUACAUCCCAGUAAAUUUUUAUACCUUAUUCCUCUCUCUUUAAUGUAAAUUUUAUGUACCAAAUAUACGCAAAAUGGUGAAUUUAA